AUGGCCCCCAAGACGUGGGGAAAGCCAUCCCAACCCCCCCCAUUGCCCCCUACGCACGCCCCUCUUGUGGCGUAUAUUCGCUCCGCCAUACAGGCCAACAACGGCCUUGGGAUGCCGGAGGCUGAGAUCGGCGGGAUGGUGGACCUCCUCCUCCACGCCCCAACCCGGGCGGAGAUCGUCGAGUGGACGAAUACCCUCCUGCUGGGGGAGGCCUUCGCCGCGGAGGUGAUUCAGCGCCGACUGGCCUGCGGCCUUCCCUUUGAAGGGGAGGGCAUCCCCACGCUUUCCACGCCUUCCGCGGGGGCGAAAUCGACCGGGCGGGUGCUGACCAUCCCGGGAAAGCGAAAACACCCCGGGGGGAGGCGGGCCCUCGCCGUAAAAAAGGGCGAUUCGUCCUCGUUGAAGCCCGGCAAGUUCGAGUGCGGCUGCUUCGCGACGGUGCACCCUUUACGGGGAAAUUGCGCGAACUGUGGUCGAAUUAUCUGCGAGCAGGAGGAGGAUGCGGUGUGUUAUUUCUGCGGGUUAACGCCAUCGCUCUGCGUGGCGUAUGAGAUUGCCGUUCAGGAAGGAAAGGUCACCGAGGCCGUACAGCAAUCGAAUCAAAAGAGCUACGAGGCCGCCAUCGCCCGGCGGGAUACGCUUUUGGAAUACGCCUCGAAUCGCGCGAAGCGGACGACCGUGAUUGAUGACCAAAAAGCGUCGUUGUUUUCCCCCCAAAGCGCGUGGAUGACGCAGGAAGAGCGGCUCAAGCAAGCGAAGUUGUUGGCCCAAAUUGAGCGAGAAAAAGCGAACGAGAGACGCCAUCGGCACACGGGCCCCUAUCAAGUUCACAUCGACUUUGUGAACCAUAACCUCACCUAUGGCACCCUCUAUACCUCCGGGGAUGUGGCGGCCAAAUUGGUGAAGAAGGAGUAUGCUAAGUGCCAUGCCGCGGAUGGGCAUUCCAGUGAAAGCGGCUUGGAUACUUCAGAGGCUUCGGGUACUGAAAUUGAGACCCUCCCGACCAUUGAGUCUCGUGCGGAACCGCUGCCCUCGCUUCUUGAAAAAAUAUGGUAUAGCCCUGGGGGCUCGGUCUCGCCGAAAAGCGACGAGGCGGCCCUUUCGGCUCUCAACGAUCGAUUGUUAAGGCGCCAUGAGGAAGUUUCGAAACGGGUCCAGCAAAAUUACUUUGAAGAGGAUGCGCAGCUUUUUGGGGUUGAGGCGCUGGACGUACAACCGGCGGAGUUGAUUUUCACCCCCGGGAUAAGGGAAGGCGACAUGCCAGGCCCUGACGAGGAGGUCCAUGCGCCAGCUGCGGUAGUUGAGGCGCCCCCAGUACGGUCAUUGAGUUCGGAUGCUAUAUGUUUUGCCCCCACCCCAUCCAUGCGGCUACGCGAUGAUGGAAUUUGUCUUUCCAUCCAUCAGCCAUGGGCUACGCUUUUGAUAGCGGGUAUUAAAACCCAACACGGGCUUGUUUGGCGUACCAACCACCGCGGUCGGUUGUGGAUUCAUGCCGCGACCACGAAGGUCUCGAAGGUGGAGGAGGCCGAGCAGCGUUAUGCCCAGUUCGUGCCUCCGGGGCACGUGUUCCCCAAACAUUACCCCACAGGGGUUCUUUUGGGUUAUGUCUAUCUCACCGAAUGCCUGGAUCAAGGGGCCUACGAAAGUGCCCUUACUCCAGAGAAGCGUCAAGUGAAUUCGCCCUUUGUGUUAAUAUGUGUCGAGGCAAAGCCACUCCCUUUUCUACUUUCAAUGGACGGUGGGUACAAGUUGUUUACGCUCGAUCACAAGAUUCAAACCGCUGCAAAAAAACAGCUCAUGGAGAUCAACUAA